AUGGAUAAUUUGAAAAUAAAUCCAUAUUAUAUAAUACUAAAGCAAAGAAUGUCUGGACCUCUGUUCAGAAGUUUGAAAAAGGAAGAGAAGUGCAAAUCUUCAGUGUUUACAAUCGUUGGCCGAAAAAUAGUCAAUUCUGACAAUAAGAGUGUUAAUAAAUGUGGCAAAGAGUGUAAGAGUAGUAAUAGUUUAGGUGAUUGUCGUUCCGGAACGUUGUUUAGUGUUCUCGCGUCCCCUAAAGCGCUAAACGCUCUUCAAAUUACUCCAAACGAUAAGAAAUCAGAUAUUAAUGAACAAAAUGUUGAAUUGGAGACAAAUAAUAGCGUUGAGUCAGUCAAUGAAAAUGACAACUCAAUUAAAGUGAAUGCAAACGAGAAAUUGAAUUUCAAGCUUUCAGUUCCACAAGAAGUGCCGAUUCAGACCAUUAAAGAGUUUUGUCGUGUUAUGAGUGAAGAUAAACCGUUUGGACGAAUCGUUGAGACGAAUGACAAUGUCGUCAAUGAAACUAAUUUAUUGAACGAACAAAGAAAGCAAUUGUCGUUUUUGAAGAGCCCAUCAAUUGUGAAAGAAGUCAUGAAAAAGAUCGCAUCCCUUCCCAGUGGAGGCUUCAAAGACAAUGCAAAUAUUGAAGUGUCUGAUUGUGAAGCAAUGAGUUGUGAGUCGAGAGCACACAAUCAUAUCAUUCAAAUAAGUGGUCAGAACUGUAGUGUCGGCACCGAUACGGAAGCUAUGCUCGCCAUUCAAGAGCUCGACAGGUCUAUAGCAGAGGCCAGUCCUUCCAAUACCAACUCACCCAUCAUUUUGCCCCGACUUUACGACAAGAAUCAAAGCGACAAUCAAACAGAUAACCAAACUAUUCAAUCAAAUAAAAGCAAUCAUUUAAGGCCUGAGAAACCGCCGCGUCUUCUAAACUAUUCAAGUAUUGAAGCGAAACGAAAAAAUCUGAUUGAAGUCAACGAAACACAAACUGAUAAUCUUAUUGAAGAACUUUAUUUGACUGAUGAAAGCGGUUCUAAAUCUAAUAAAAGGACUCAAAAUAUUAAAAUAAAUGAUAAUAAUAUUCAAACACUUUUAAAUGAUAAAUGUGUGGAAAACCACAAAAUCGAUAUCAGUUUCAAUUAUAAUAUGAAACAAAUAAAUAACGGGACGUCUAAUGAAUUGGAUGGCGCUAUCACUAGAACAAGUCUUAGUUCUGUGGAUUCGGGAACGAGUUCUCCAAACUCCUCGCAUUUCAUUGUCGUUGCGAUAGAUUUCGGCACAACUUUUAGUGGUUAUAGUUUUGCGUUCACAAGAGAUGUGGACAAUGCUAUUCAUAUGAUGAGGAAAGUCGAGGAUGGGGCGUUUCAUUCGUUUGGUUUCGCAGCCAGAGAUCAUUAUUCGAGUCUCGAACCAAAGGAUUCUAAGAAGUGGUUCUAUUUCGAGAAGUUUAAAAUGGAUUUGCAUUACAAUCAGUUAUAUACGUCAUUAUCAUUGGAUACCAAAAUUCAAGCAACGAAUGGUAACAAAUCAAUGUCAGCGUUAACAGUGUUCGCGCACUCAUUGCGUUACUUCAAACAACUGGCCCUUCAAGAGCUCAGUGAUCAGUCAGCCAUCAAUAUUCUCAACGAAGACAUUCGUUGGGUUAUAACAGUUCCGGCCCUUUGGAAACCGUCGGCCAAACAGUUUAUGAGAGCCGCCGCUUACGAGGUAUAG